AUGCUUCGCAAGUUUGGCAGGGUUGUCGACGACGUCAUGUACGGUAUUCGCCGUAACGGAAAGGUUUUCUGGUACUACACGGAUGAACCAGCAUAUGUUCCUCUCAUAGUGCGGGAGUUCAUUGAUUUCGAAGCUGUGUACCCAGCCGAGUACUUUCCGUACCACAACGACUACUAUCUGGCACAAAUGUACGGCGACAACGCGUGCCUGGGCGGAGAUUACCUCAUGCCUCUCUUUCUGGACAAUCGGGAAUGGAAUGCGGAAAAGAGUAUGAUUGUGUGGGCGGAAUGGACGAGAUAUUUUUACGCCAUGGCAACGAAUGACGAUAUGCGCCAGCAGGCCAGGGAGCUGGCUCGUCAUGAAGCCAGCAUGGUUUGGGGGCCUGAAUUUUUGAACUGCUCCUUCACUCCUCUGCGCUACCACGAGGGCCAUGAUGAGCAGACAACCUACGGUCACUCUCAAGCUGAAACCCAAUACGAGAAUGCCGUGGGCCUUGAAGCUGGAACUCAAGAGAUGCUGGCCAUUCUUCACGGGACCCCAGCGUCGUCCCCGUCGAAGCAUAAGCAACAGAGGGCCAACGCGACAACCGAGAUCGCCCAAACCGAGGCGCCCCAACGUUCUCAGCAGAUACUCGAGACACCUUCACCCCCCGGAAGCUGUCUCAAAAAGAGGUCCGAGAGUGACUCUUCUGGCACUGGGAGCGCCAAGUCGGUGCGGUUUUCGGAUGAAGUCCUUCUUCUCCGCCUUGUAAACCGCGGCAAUCGUGGCAGUCUCAAGGAUGAACAGGCUGAAUACACCAAAGAGAAGCUUGUAGAGAGCGAACCGGGUCGAGUUGACUGCGAAGAGUCUGUUGAAGACUCGGAUCGUGUGGAGCCUCCAAGGACUGGCCUCAUGUCACCCGCAGUAGUUCACCGUUCCUGCCAUCAAGAAACCAAAACUCCCAGAGACAAGGCACGGAAUCAGAGGUCAGUGAAGGAGCAGCGAACAGACGGCUCAGCAGCCCUCAUGGGUGGCCACGAAGUUGCCCAGAGAUUCGGUGGUGCCAAAGCUGUCAGAACCAUAAGUCAGAAGACGAGCAAGUUUACGCUUACAAAGAGUGACCAGAGAGUCAUCGACACGCCCAACGGUCGAACAGUGAGCCAAGUAACACCAUUUGAGAAAGGGCCAUACUCUCCAACUAGCAGCACCGCAACUCAAAAGAGUGAGAAGGUGCCAGAGAAUACAGCCACAGUGUGUGACAAGACAGAAGAGCCCCUGGCGGCCAAAUCCAAUGCCCCAGCAGACAGCACAAAAGGUUCUGACAAAACCAAAGCUGUGUGGUCCAAGUUGGUAGCCGCCUCUCCAGAGAGUUCACAGGCUAGUUCACGCAGCUCCGACACAUCUCCAAGAGGGUGGCGGACAUUCCGCAAGCCGCCCACAUCCCCCGGCUUUCCAACCAGAAGCCGGACCGAAGAGAUGAGCAGUCCCGUCCCAGCACCAAAGAAGCAGAGUGUAGACUUGGCUGAGAAGAUUGAAGAAUCCCCACCCAGCCCAGUCCCAGCAGCCAAAACCCCAACUGUGGUCUGGGUUGAAGAGGUCCAAGAACCGGCGGCCAGUCCCGUCCAAGCAACCCUGGGUCCGGUGCGCCCUCACGCGCGCCAAUCUCCCUUGCCACCGCCGCCGAGGGGACAGGGUGGACGUACCCUCAUCGAAACUCUCAACACCGACAUGAGCUGGACGCAGCUACAGCCAAACCCGGUCCCGCGCGCGCCUGUCAACCCCCGGGCUCCGGCUCCAAGCCCAGCCACGGCGUGCGCGGGCCAACGACAAGAGAACCCGGGCGCGGGCAGGUGCGGAGGACAGGGCGGACAAGCCAGGAGAGGGGGCGGGAAGGCGGGAGAUGUCCGGGGUGGCAGCAGUGAGGGCAGGCGCAGGGCCGACGGGCGGAGGGACUCGCGCGGGGGCGGUGAGACAGCCGCGGGAAGGAGUAGAGGAGACGGUCCUGGGGCGAAGAGAGAGAUGUCGCGAUGGAGGAAAUUGAGGAAUGAGAGCAGUUGGCGUUGA